AUACAUGCUGCUGCUACUGGCAUUGUUUUCGCUUCACUCAAAUCGUCAUUAUUAUUAUUUUAGAUUUUUAAUUUUAAAAUCUUUAAAAUUUUAUAUUUCCUGAAAUUCGAUUUUUUAUCGAUACAAAUCUAAAAGAAAAUGUCAUUUGAAUUUAAUGCAUUUGAAAAUUAUGUAACAGAUUCGAAUGAAUGUGUCCGAUUCAAAUUGGUCACCUGUAUCGAUGAUCUGAUUGAAGAUUUUGAUGAUACUAAAGUUUUGGGCCAUAAACAAGAUGGUGAAUCAAAGAAACUGGUAUCAUCAUCAUGUCGUAUAGCUCCUUUUAAGCCGGACAUGACGUAUCAAUUUUUUGGCGAAAAUGAAAAUAUAUUCGGCUACAAAGAUCUUACCGUUAAAGUUUAUUAUUCAUGUGCACAGUUAAACAUUUAUCUAUGUCUCAAAUAUGCUGAUCGUUUGACAAAACAACAGACAGAUGGUAUAGAACCGGAUGAUGUAUUGAAAAUCAUUGCAUCCAAAUACGAAACAAAAGUAUGCUAUAAUUUGAAUGAAUUCAGUGCUAAUUUAUCGAAAGAACAAUCGUUUAUGCCAUAUGGUGAAUUGAUGGAAGAAUUUGAAAUUGAAACAAAACCAACCGAUGAUCAUCAACAAGCCCAGAAACGACAUUUUUGUCUAUUUAAAGCUAACAAUUCGGUACCCGGUUUUGUUGCCUAUCAUGAACGAAUGCAAACAUUUUUAAUGUGGUUCAUUGAAGGCGCUUCCUAUAUUGAAAUCGAUGAUGAUCAUUGGGAUUUUUUUGUUUUAUACGAGAAACUCCCAUUCAUUGGCUCCCAAUCGUCGAAACCAUUGUUGAAGGAAUAUCAAUAUUGUUUUGUUGGAUAUUCUACAGUCUAUCGAUAUUAUGCUUAUCCACAGAAUGUUCGACCACGAAUCUCACAAUUUCUUAUAUUACCAUCAUUUCAAAGAAUUGGUCUUGGCAGUAAAUUAUUGGCAUCAAUCUAUACGAAUUAUAAUAAUAAAUCAAUUGUUGACAUAACUGUGGAAGAUCCAUCCGAUGAUUUCCAACGAAUGCGUGACAUAUAUGAUUGUAAAUUAUCCAUUCAAUUAAACUGGUAUAAGACACUUGCACCAAAUACCGUUUGGUCCAACGAAAUGGCACGUGAAGCACAGAUGAAAUUUAAAUUGAAUCCCAAACAAACUCGAAGAGUUUUCGAAAUUCUUAAAUUAAAAUUAACCAAUCGAAAUGAUCCUGAACAAUAUCGCCAAUAUAGAAUGGGUAUUAAACAACGAUUGAAUGCACCAUAUAAAAAACAAAUCAAUGAUAUUGAACGUUUACGACAACGUAAAGCAAUCAGUGAAACCAAUUAUACAUUAUUGAUGAAAACCAAUCAAAUACCAAGAGAAUAUCGAAUCAAAAAUCUAAACAAACAAUAUGAAGAAAUUGAAUCAGAAUAUUUGCAAAUUAUAGAAAAAUUAGGCUAAUCUUAA